UGUUGUUUCAGAACUCUUGUCAUUAAUGGAGAGGCUAGAUGACGCUGCGAUGACGACUCCUGUAGCGAGCGACUUGGGCACCAAGAGGCAGCGCAUCGAGCGUCUGAUUGAACGAGGGGAUCAUCUCGCCAAUGUUCAGCAAGAACAGCAGGCAGAAACGAUCUCCAAGCCGCAUACGAUCUCGUCGCGCAUCUCGCCUUCAACUUGCACGACUAAGGCGGUAUUCCCUGCACGACGCUCAUCCUGGACAGCGCAGGAGGAUAAUAAACUAAAAAACUUAGUGCUUCAAUUAGGCAACCGUAACUGGAGUGAAAUCGCAGUACACUUUCCUUCCCGAGACCGCAAACGAUGUCGCGAUAGAUAUGUAAACCACCUAUCUCCGUCGCUGACCUCAGCGUCGAAUACAUGGAGCGCAGAAGAUGACGUGAAGCUACUGCAAUUACACCUGACACUGGGAUGUAAGUGGGCGACGAUAGCAAAAGAGUUCAAUGGAAAAAGUGCUGAAAGCGUCAAGAAUCGCUGCCUAUUGCUGGCCAGGAAGACAUUGGAUAAGAGUUCGAAAGGCACAAGAGCACCGCCUCAACGCUGGACAGCGACCGAAAAGAACAAGCUACGGGCGUUGGUGACGACCCACGGAGCGAGGAACUGGCUGUUCGUUGCUUCGCAACUUCCUGGACGCACAGACUUGCAGUGUCUACAGCAAUGGUACCGGACGCUGGAUAACAAGGUAGUGAAAGGCAAAGGAACGUGGACACCGGGUGAGGACCAAGUGCUGGUUGAUAAAGUGGCCGAACUUGGACGGAAGUGGACGGAGAUUGCUGCGUUCUUGCCAGGUAGAAUUGGAAACCAAUGUCGCGAGCGGUUCUUGAACCAUUUGGACCCGUCAAUCAACUUAGUGCGUGUCUUGUUUGCUUUGCUGUUGCGGGACUUUUAUUCUUAAUGUGCUGAUAGGCGUCAUGGACUGAUGCUGAAGACAAGAUUUUAAGUGAAACUAUCGAAACACACUCGACGCAAUGGAGUUUGAUAGCGGAAAAGUUGCCAGGACGGUGCGAAAAUGCCAUUAAGAAUCAUUGGUACUCGCGCGAACGGCGUCGGAUGCUUGCAGAUGCCUCGAGUAGUAGCAGCAUCGACAACUGCAAAGAGGGCUAAAUUGGAGAUUCAUGUGUCAGGUUAAGUGUUAUUCAAGUUAUGAAGAAAUGGAAAGCUUCCAUAUCGUAGCUAUGGGAAUACAAGCUGCAACCGCACAUUCAACACUACACUCGACGUCCAGAAGCAUCUGUGCUUCAGGUUCAGGUUUUAAAAGGCGAUGCAGAAGAAUUUUUAUUGAUUGAGUCCCCAGUUUUUUUCACAUUUUUUUUAGCGUAUUUUAGAAAAAAAUAAAAAAUAAUUGGCAGC